AUGUUGCGAAUGUCUGAUCUUGAUUUAACACUUCGAGAUGAAUGGAGGAUCGAUGCUGGUGCCAACAGUGGUUCUAAUCACCCAACCAAACGACCUGCUUGUAUUUUUAUCCAUUGUAAUCUGGCCUGGGAUCAAUUACAAUUGUUAAUGUCCAAAUCAACGACUCCUGAUAUUAUGAAGAUCAUCGCUAAGCUUGAAGAGUUUUUCAGUCAACAAUUUCACAAUUCGAAAAGGGUUUUUUCCUCUUCCGGUGUUACCUCUUCCUCUUCAACUAAUAGGAAUUCAUUCAAGAAGGAUAAAAGUACCAGAGGAUCGGGCAUAGUUAAACCCUCUACACCAACAUCAACAUCCAGUGGUUCGGGUUUAGUUGAUUCUGGUUCACCGAGUAAUGAGAUUUAUCGUCAUCAUCGUCAUUGGGAACUAUUCUUGGUGGUACCUUUGAACUUAUUGGGAACAAUAUUUCAUUGGCCUGUUUUAUGGAAUCAAUUUCGUUCCAAGUCAUGGGGACUUUUCUCCAUGUUGAAACCAUCAAUUUCCUUUGCAUCGGAAGCUCAAGAUGUGGUCAACAAUGAGACAGGUUCAUCGGACACUCAUAUAAUUCAAAAUUUUACCUUCUCUCUUGGUCGCCGCGAUCGUCGUCGAGAUGUUGAUGAGGCCACUUUUUCGGUUGAUUGUUUUCACGCUCAACAUUCCAACAUGGCCACUGUUUGUAAAAUUUCACGAACCGUUAUGUUCCCACCGCAAUUUAAAUCUCUCCAUGAAUGGUUUCAGUACACUUUCGCUGGCUCAGAAUUAGAUCAAAUUAAUCGGUUCCCAGUUAUUGAAUUUGAACGAUCUGGUGAUGGUUUUGGUUCCGCUGCUUCAGCUGCAUCAGGGGAAUUUCAUUCUCGACGAUUCUCCGUUAACCCGAAAAGUAAUGAAUGUCAUCACUCUAAGGAGGUCAUUUUCGCUCUGCCCAGUUUCCAAAUGGAUCUGAAAACUGAACAUCUUCAAGGUAUCAGGCCACCAUUGGCAAUAGAUCCAAAGCCAAAGGUUGAUUGUACUUUUGUCACCGAUUUUGAUGACCACAUUUUCGUCGCCGUUGAUGCAGAGGCUUACUUUUUCCUCCACGAAUUGAUUACCAGCUAUUUCAAAGAGAAACAGAUUUACUUUACUCGAAGCUCAACUGGAGCACAGUUAAUCGAUAAACCUGAACAAUUGAUGGACAAUAAGUCCAAUUUAUCCUCCAACGACAAUAAAGAUACACCAAUGUCAUCUGAAGCCUCUGCUGGAUCUUCAUCAGCACAAUCAAUUAUUUACGAACGAGAUUUUCGUGACUUUCAAUGUCAAACUUGGCAUUUGGAGCCAACAGUUAGGCUAAUUACAUGGGCCGGUAAAAACCUCGAACCAUAUGGAGUUGAUUAUAUCCUUCAAAGACUCGGUUUUGCCCAAGCUCGAACCACAAUCCCGAAAUGGAUACAACGAGGAGCAAUGGACCCACUUGAUAAAGUCCUUUCGGCAAUAAUGUUCAGGGUCAUCUCGGCAUCUAAAAAUGAAUCAUUGCCAAGCUCAAGAUGAUGACCAAUCAAUCCAAUGACCAGAUAACAACUAUCCAAAAAUAAAAUCUUUUCACUCUCUUUCUCUCUCCUAGUCUCUUUUUCCUAUUGAUUUUUCAUCAACGAAAUUUUCAUCCAACUUUUGAUUACCUUUCGUUGGGCUUAUUGGUUUUGCCGUUACUUUUUAAAUGAAACUAUCUCUCUACAAACUGAUUGCCGUGAAUAUUAUCUUUCAGUGUUCAGACAAUUGACCGACGCAUGGAUAAACACCGAAACUGCUCACAAACACCGAGAAACAAUCAGUUAAUCAUCUAACGAGAAAGAGAUCUAAAACUAUUUCAUCCUUGUAAACUAUUCUAAUUAUUUCGUAUUUCAAUUGCCCUCUUUAAUCAUGUUUAUAUGCCCAUAAAGUUGUAAAUAGACUGAGAUGUAAAAUGGAACAAUUAAUGUAAAAAAAUCAAUGGAUUCAAACUCAAGAAAAAGUAUAAAAAAUGAUUAAUUGUAAUAGAAAAAUCGUUUUAAUGUUAAUGAAAUGAAAUUAUUGAAAUUAAACAAAUCGAAAAUUGAA